GCCAGGGCUGCCAACUUUCUUUCUAGUUUCGAUCUGUUGAGCAACAACAACAAUAUGGUCCAACGUCUGACGCUCCGUAGGCGCCUGUCCUACAACACCCGCUCCAACAAGAGGCGCAUUGUGCGUACUCCCGGCGGCCGUCUGGUGUACCAGUACGUGAAGAAGAACAAGACCGUGCCCCGUUGCGGCCAGUGCAAGGAGAAGCUUAAGGGCAUCACCCCCACCCGCCCCAGCGAGCGUCCCCGUCUUUCCAAGCGCCACAAGACCGUGUCGCGCACCUAUGGCGGAGUCCUCUGCCACGGUUGCCUGCGCGAGCGUAUCGUCCGCGCUUUCCUCAUCGAGGAGCAGAAGAUCGUCAAGGCCCUGAAGAGCCAGCGCGAGGCCCUCGUCAAGCCGGUGAAGGCGCCCAAGGCUAAGCCCGAUCCCAAGAAGAAGCCCGCCACCAAGACCAGCAAGGCAGGAGCCGGCAAGGUCACCAAGGCUGGUGCGGGCGGCAAGGGACCCGCUGGCAAGAAGCCCGGCCAGAAGCCUGCCGCCGGUGGCAAGCCCAGGAAGUGAAUGCGCGACGAUUUUAGUUGACUGCUAAAUAACUUUUAAAAUAAAUGGUUUUCCCAACUGGA